GGCUCGCCGCUGAUCGCAUGCAGCUUCUGCAGGUGUCAGUGUGGCUGGAAAGCCAGUAGGAGGGACUUGAUGCUCCAACUUCUCUCGUUUUAUUUUAUUUUUUUUUCCAUCUCUCCGGCUCUCUAGCCAGUCGUCCUGGUCCUGCUCGGGAGAGAAAGAGAGAGAGAGAAAGAGAGAGAGCACGCGAGAGAGAGACAGAAACAGAGAGAGAGCGAGAGGCGACGACGGGCAUCGGCAGCGCCGCAUUUCGUGGGAACACACAAUGCAUCUGAGGCUGACCGAGCGACUGGAAACUGUUUUUACCGCGCUUUCCUAUUUUUGAUUCGCGUUUCUCUCCUGCAUUUAUUUAUUUAUUAAUUUAUUUAUUUGUGUUGCGUCUUGUCUGUCUUUUCUUUUUCGUCAUUCUUUUUUCUUUUUACCCCCACCUCCUCCCUCUUCUUCUUCGUCUUCUUUUUUUUUUUUUUUUCUCCCACCCAGCAGCCUCUGACGCGCAAGGACACUACAGCAUCCAUCCACGGCAGGAACGCUCACACAGAGCAUCCUCUGUACAGGCGCACCAGCCGUCCUUCCUUCCUUCCUUCAUUCAUUCCUUCCUUCCUUUCUCUCUUACCUUCCUUCCUCCCACUCUCCUCCUCUCUCUUUUUUUUCUCUCCUUUCUUGUUUCUGUCGGAACCCAGAGGACAUCGGGAGCCCUUGCUUAUACUUAACCCCCCUCUUCCUCUCCACCCACCCACACACCCACUUUUUUCUCUCUCUUCCUCCCCCCCGGCCUCCCUCUCCUCUCCAACGGAGACAUGGAUCUAUGGUUUCGCUCGGUCCGGAUUUGCUGGUGGAGGGUUUUGCUUCUGAUGAGUGUUUUCCAGGACUACCUGAGCUCCAUGCUGGACUGCCCGCCGACCUGCAGCUGCUCUCAAACAGAGAUCUAUUGCAAUAAGUCCGACAACGGCAGGUUCUUCCCGCUGCUCGCCCUGCAAGACGGCAACGGGACCGGUGUGGAUAUCGCGGACUUAUUCAAAAACAUAACCUCCAUACACUUAGAGAACUGGACGGGAUUGCAGACUCUGAGAGACGUUGAUAUGGAGCUCUACACCGGACUACAGAGACUGACCAUCAUGAAUUGUAAUCUGCGGGUGAUCCAGCCUCGAGCCUUCGCUCAGAACCCACACCUGCGUUACAUAAACCUGUCGAAGAAUCCGCUAACCACCCUGUCAUGGCAGCUCUUCCAGCACCUCCAACUCUCCGAGCUACGUCUGGACGGCGUGGUGUUCGACUGCGGCUGCAGCAUCCGCUGGAUCCAGCUGUGGCAGGAGAAGGGAGAGGCGGGGCUUCACACGCAGCAGCUGUACUGCAUGAACGGAGCCUCCAAGAUUCGGCUGAACAACAUGCACAUCAACAGCUGUGACUUACCGGAGAUCAGCGUGAGCCACAGCAGCGUGUUGGUGACGGAGGGUGAAAACGUGACGGUGAGCUGCAACGGAUCCAGACUGCCACUGCCUGAAGUGGACUGGACCGUCGGUGACCUGCAUUCCAUCAACACACACCUGUCGAACGUUUACUGGCCGGACAUCCACUCCAUCAACCUGACGCUGUUCAACAUCAGCCGAGACGACAACAAUUUCCAGCUGACCUGCAUCGCCGAGAACUUGGUGGGGAUGACCAACUCGUCGAUCCAGCUGAAUGUCCAGUUUCCACCAGUGAUCUUGAGGCUGGCUGAGCCGGAGAAACGCCAUGACACUUGCAUCGAAUUCACAGUUCGCGGUUACCCGUACCCCAAACUGCGCUGGUUCCACAAGCAGACUGAGAUCAAGGAGAAUGACUUUAUCUGGACCGACAAGGAUACCUACCAGGACUACUUGGAGGGUUGUCUGUUGUUUAAAAACCCGACCCACCUCAAUAACGGCAACUACACUUUGGAGGCCAGCAAUCAUUUGGGAACAGUCACGAAGACGGUGUAUGGUCACUUCCUCAACGACGAGGAAGAAAUCGGCUCAGUGGAAAUAGGUGGGAUCCCUGAGGAUGAAACAGGGCGGCCAGAAGAAGAUACAUUUGGGGUUACCAUCGCCGUGGGACUGGCGGGCUUCGCUUGCGUCCUCCUCCUCGUCCUUUUUGUUCUCAUCAAUAAGUACGGCCGACGCUCCAAAUUCGGUAUGAAAGGUCCCGUAGCCGUGAUAAGUGGUGAGGAAGACUCUGCCAGCCCUCUUCAUCACGUCAAUCACGGGAUCAUCACGCCGUGUACUCUGGAUGCGGGACCCGACGCAGUCGUCAUAGGAAUGACUCGCAUACCUGUGGUGGAAAAUCCCCAGUACUUUAGGCAUGGACACAACUGCAACAAACCGACCACUCGUAAGUCUGUCCUGUUGACUCUAAUCCUCAACUCCAAUGAAGCCAAACAGCGCAAAAAUAAAUAUUUCUUCACCUUGAACUAUUCGAGCAGAUAUCUGUACAAGUAAAGGGGACCUAGAAAA